AUGGCAGUGCUUGAAAAGGCGAAGAAUAUUAAAUAUUUGUUGUGUGAAGGUGAAAGCAUGGAUCUGUUUUCUUGCAAGUUUGAUGGAUCUAAACUUGAUAUUUUGAUUGUCCGCUUGAAUGAAAACAAAAAUGAUUAUGUGGAAGUCCAAAAUUCAUUCUUUGAAAACAUAAUGGGGCUUCGAGUUUUGUAUUUAUCAUCAAACGUCUUCUAUGAAAAAGUAACUUUAUCAUUACCAGAGUCAAUUCAGUCGUUGACCAAUCUCCGAUCUUUAUACCUUCAAGGAUUCAUCUUAGGUGACAUAUCUAUUCUUGGAACCCUACAGGACCUUGAGACUCUCGAAUUGGUUAGUUGUGUAAUGGAUGAUUUGUCAAUAGAGAUUACAAAAUUGGUGAAACUUAAAUUGUUGAAGUUGGAUUGUAGUGAAUUUAAAAGGAACAAUUCAUUCCAAGUGAUUGAAAGUUGCACUUCAUUGGAAGAAUUGUAUUACAUCACUUAUUAUUCGAAUGUCAUUUCAAUAACAUCCCAUAAUUUAAAGCUUCCAAAAUAUCAAAGGUUUUGUAUAUUGGAUCCCUCUUUUUCUUCUAUUUACAUAAGAGGUGAAUGGUAUAAGAGGAAUUCCCUGGCAAUUUUGAUGGCUGAUCGUCUUUUCUCUGAAGUGACAUUCAAGAAUCUAGUUCAAAAAGCAGAAUAUCUUUAUUUAGAUAGACUUCAAGGAGGAUGGAAAAAUCUCAUACCUGAGAUUAUUUUGCCUCAUGAUGAAGGUAUGAAUAAUAAAGUUGUGAUUAUUUUGGAAAGUUUAGACCUCACAUGCCUAAUUGACAAUGCUGAUUCUCAAGUAAACGACUCCAAUGCAAAUGAGGUAAUUGGACAAGAAAUGCAUGUGUUUUUGAAGAACAUUGCAUUGAGUUAUACACAGACAACUGUUACUCUACAAAACGUUACAGAUGAAUUGAAACAGAUCAUUGGUGACGAUACAAAGAAUCAGAGUAAGCCAUUUUUCCCAAGGCUAGAAUCACUUAUCAUCAUAAAAUGCAAUAAAUUGAACUGUGUCUUUCCUAUUUCAACUUCCAAAAUCCCACCCAAGUUAGAAUAUCUGGUAAUCAUAGAAGCAGCUAUGCUAGAGGAAGUGUUCCAAGGAAAAAGUGAUCAAAAAGUUGGGAUUCCAAAUCUAAAAAUGGCAGUAUUUGUUGAAUUUCCAAGACUUCUGCCUGGGAUUGAAUCCCAUGCUCUAGGUUGUUUGGUGAAGAAUUGUCCAAAACUUUCCUUGUCUUCAUCCUUAACCCUUGAAAGUUUCAAACAUAUUCGUUCUAGAAUCCGAGUUCGAACGAUUGAUGAUCUUCUUGAAGAUGCAAAAGCCCAAGAGACUAGCAAUCAAAAUCCAACUACAGAAUCCACUCAAGACUCUGCAAUUAGGCCUGAAGUAGAAGAAGCACCAACUGAGUUGACUUCAUCACAGAAACAUGCAAAACAAUAUGAUGUUCAUGUUAACUUUGCUGAUGAAUGCAACCAACAGGAAAGUGACAUUCAGUCAAAUUUGGUCAAACAAAGAAAAGAAGUAGAGGAAGAACAAGAAAUAGUUGAAAAAGAUACUGGUUUUGGGAUACCAUCAACAGCAAUAUCACCAACAGAUUCAAAAUUGAUCAGAGGUCCUUUGGCAGAGAGUAAGACAAGCAUUGAAGAAGGAAUUAUGUCAGGAGAUGGCAAGAAAAUAGCAGCACCAAUUGAUUUAAAAUCAGAAAAUGAAGAAGGACAAAUAGCCAUACCUUCUUCUUCAAUUCUUAAUAUGGAGCCUGCUACCAUCAAAGAUGUUGGUCAUGUUACCCAUUCUAAUGCUCCAGGUUUAUUAACAAUGGUGGCAUGA